UUCUCCUCGUUUACAGUGUAAAUUAGAGCUGGUCAAGAGCCAUGUGUGUAUCACUCAACACUGUGCUGUUCUUGUUCUUUUGUGAACUGCUGUCUGCCUCUGCUGGUCCUCAGCCUCACCAGCUAACAGCACAGCCUGGACAGACUGUCACACUGUCAUGUGGAGCUCCAAACAGUGUGAUCAUAGCAGCUGUUGAGUGGACCAGAUCUGACCUCCAGAAGUAUGUCUACUUCCAGCGUGGCAGGCGCCCCCUGACACAAGACCAGGACCCAUCUUAUGUCAACCGGGUGCAGCUGAAAGGUCGGAUGGAUGAUGGUAACCUGUCUCUGAUUCUGAAGAACGUGACCAGCAACGACAAAGGAACAUACGAGUGUCGCUAUAAACAGCUUGAAAGAGGACGCUUGAGGAGAGCUGCUGCUAUUAACGAUAAACCCGUCAGCGUCUUUGAGCUGCAUGUUGAAGAUGGAGACUCACAGUCUGGAGAUUCUGGAGUAAUUCUGCCAGUUACACUGAUUGUCCUCACUGCUCUCAUUAGUCUUGUUGCUGGUCUUGUUGGUCUUGUGAUCUACAAGAAGCUUAAAGGACGUUCAGAGAAUAAUUCAGACCUGCCUGUUGAUGAUCCAGAUGUUCUUCAGCAGCUGCAAGAAAAUGAAAUGGGUCAGAAAAACAUCACUCACAACACAGCUGACAUUCAGGUAUAAAAACCAGAAACAGAAACUGAAUAGUCAUUCAGAAGUCUAUUUUUAAAGUUAUUUCAGUAAUUUCAGUUCGGUUCAGGGCCAUAGGUACACACCCAGCAUGGCCAAUGUGGGCCACAUAAGGGUUCAAUUUGGGUUGCAAUAUGGGCCCCACCUUAAGCCCCUGGUAGGGUCUCCCAUGGCUGAUUGGUCCCAGGUGAUGAGUGACACUAAGAGAUCCAAGAGAAGUGACUAUU